CGGGAAUAUAUCAACCUAGAAAAUGAGGAAGUUUGAGCGUAAUGCAGAAUCCAUUGACAGUGAAAUUAUUCACUGAAUGUCAGAUAACAGGAAAUUUUAAUGCCGUAAAGAAAGUGCUUCUCGCAGUUUCAAAUUGUCUUCAGGAUAAUGUAGGCAAUUCUGGUUCUUUUAAAUCUAUUAGUGGUGCUCCGGUUGAACCUUAUCCUCAACGGGGUCCCCAUCCUCCUGAUCAUCAUCAUCUCAGAGGUUAUUCUUCUUUUUCGGGUUCUGAGAGCGCUGGACCUGCUCAUAGAAUGUUUGUGGAAGAAGAGGUGGUCUAUAAGAUGUUGUGUCAGCAAGAUAAAGUUGGCAGUCUUAUUGGGAAAGGUGGUUCUGUGGUGCAGGCUUUACAGAACGAAACCGGUGCUCUAUACAAAUUAAAUAGUUGAUGCUGGACCCGAUUCAGAUGAGCGUGUGGUUGCCAUGUCUUAUGCCUCUUUAUUUAAUAAAAUUUGUUUGAGCUUUCAAAGAAAAUGUAGUACAUAUUUGAGUAGUUAGUUAUCUGUUAGUUUGCACCUUGAUUGUACUUGUCCAUAAGAUACCAUAUUGCAUGAAGAGACCAGCAACUUUGCUAAAUUUUGUGUGUAAAGAGUCUUCUUUAACUUUGUUUUGGUAGCGUUAAAUUGU